CCGCCUGCCCUUUUACUUUCGGGCGCCGGCACUUGGCCGCAGGCUGCCGCUGGCCGGGCCCCCCCGUGCCGCCAUGGGCACCCCGCGCUGCUGAGGCCGGACCGCGGCCGCCCCCUUCCCGGGGCAGCUGCCCUCUGCCGUUUUCCUCCGUUCCCCAUCGCCCCGCUCCGGGCAUGUGAGCCGCUCCCUCCAGCCCCGGCAGCACACCCCGCUCCCCGUCCCGUCCCCAGCGCCAUGCCGGCAGCCUGCUCCCUGCUGCUGCUGCUGCUGCUGCUGCUGCUGCUGGGGCUCGGGCUGGCCCCGCCGGCCGGGUCGCUGCCCCUCGCUCCCCCCCGGCGCCUUCCUCCUCCUCCUCCUCCUCCGCCGCAGCCGCCCCGCAGCCGCCUCGGCCGGCCCUGCUCGCCUCCCGCCGCGGGACACGACCGCCCGGUCAUCGACAGCAGCCAUCAGAUGAGAAGAAGCUUGGAUGUGGCCAUGGAGACCUCCAGCUCUCUCGUGGGGGAUAUAGAGCUCACCACAGUGCAGCCUGGCACCAGGCAAGGGGCAGAGCACACUGUUCUGCCUUCCAGCACCAGGACUUUCUCCUUGCAACAAGGGGGAUGCACAAGGAGCAGCCCCCCUGGCCCUGGCCCCCCUCCUGCUGCUGGAAGGCAGGAGAGAAGCAGGAGGGCACUGGCUUCUCCUGGUCACCCUGUAGACACAGAGAGGACACUGACACUGGGACCAUCUCUGUCCUCAUCCUCAGCAUCACAGGCCCUCAGCGUGUUCCCCAGCACCCCUGUGCCCAGCUCCCCUGGUCAGCCCCCUUCCUCUCCCCAUGCUUCCAGCACCCAGACCGGUGCAAGAGGCACCACACUGCAUCCUGAGGAUGCUGCACAGAGUUCCACAAGCCCUGAGCUCACAGGAUCACCCACCUCCAAAAACACUUCCAGAGCCACUGGAAGCAGCUACCAACCAUCUUAUGGCUCAUCACUGGAGAAGAAAAUUUGGGGUUUCCACACCACCAGUGACUCCCUGUCCACCACAGCCACCAGAAGCACUGGGAGGACGUUGCGGUCUCUGUCUGCCAGCACCACCCUGGUCCAUCUGGCAGAGAUUUCCACUGCUGGUGCCAAAACCAUUGACCCUCUGUACCGGAUCCUGUCUCCUGGGACACCUUUGGGAGCCGGGGCCACUGUGUCCUCCUCAGACCUGCUGCUUGCCGACGCGAGCAGUGCCUCCACGCCCUCUCGCAGCAAUCAAGAGCCCAGGAGCAUCCCAACUGCUGGAGAGGUGAUGCUGCACUCAGAUGUGUCCACUGUGCGCAACAACAUGACAGUGGGGACACUGGGUUCCUCUCUGAGCUCUGCCGCCAGCCCUGACCCCACCAGCAUUUCAGGGGACACUUUGUCUUCCUUGGGGACUGGGACACAUGGAGCUGGCAGCUGGCAGGGAGACCUCACUACACACCCCCGAGAACCUUUGCUUGCCAGCUUGCACUCUGGCUCUGGACACACAUUUGCAGGUGUCAGAAGCAGCCACCAGCCAACCAACACAUCAACAACAGAGAAAGAAACCUCAGUGUCCUCUGCCACCAGUGCUUACAUUUCAGCCACGGCCACCGGCAGUGGGGGGAGACCUCCAAGGUCUGCCACAAACAGCAGUGGAUGGGCAGCAGGAGUCGCUGCUUCCAGCAGUGGUGUGACCGGGACCUCAGGCACUGUCAGAUCAUCACCUGCCUCUUCUGUAAGAGAGACCCAUGGAGUGCCUGGGUCUACAGCUUCCAGCCAGUCUGAAGUAGAGCCUUCACUGCCGCUCUCUCCCUCUCCUGCAGAAGGCCCUUCCAUAGCUUCCAGAAGCAGCCACAUGCCAUUUAGCACCCUGGCCACAGAGAAGAGAACUGAUUUCCACGCCACCAGUGACUCCAUGUCCGCCACAGCCACCAGAAGCACAGGGAGGACGUUGCGGUCUCUGCCUGCCAGCACCACCCUGGUCCAUCCGGCAGAGAUUUCCACUGCUGGUGCCAAAACCAUCAACCCUUCAGACUGGACCCUGUCUCCUGGGCAGCCUUUGGGAGCAGGGGCUGAAGGUGGCACAGGGGCCACUGCAUCCUCCCCAGGGUCACUGCUUGCCAUUUCGAGCAGUGCUUCCACAGCCGAAGGGUCUACAACCUCAGCCAGAGGAGGAAGUCUGCCUGACAGUUCCAUCACCAGCACACCCAGCUUGGUGAUGGCCACCAGCAGUGGGAACAUGAACACAGUGAUUGUAGUAGACACCAGUGCAGGAAGCUCUGCUCCUGCUCCAGCUGGCACCAGCUCCCUGGAUGUGGUCCUGCUGUCUUCUGUGACAGAGCCAGGCAGACAGAGAGAUGUCUCACAGCGUGAUGCUGACCUCAGUGAGCCUCCAACAAAGCCACUGCCUGUGUUUCCUCCUGGUGUUUCAGUGCCUUCAUCCUCACCAAGUUCUUCAGCUCCAGAGGGUGGACAAGAGGUUUCUGGCAUUCCUACUGAGACUACUUACGUUCUGACCGUGCUCUCCACCCAUGAGGAGAGGACAUCUCGGGAUGCAGCUAACCGUGGCACAUGGAGCACAGUGGGGGGAAGCCCUGCAUCUCAUCCAGACAUGGCCAGGGAGCCACGCUCCAGUUCCAUCUCAUCUUCCCCAUCGUGGCCUGGAGGCAGACAUGUCUCCUCCAGCCAUUCAGCAUACACAGACCCUGAGGUCACCUUUUCAUCCAGGGUGUCCACCUACUUCUUGUCUGCUGCUGAACCUUCCACUAUGGGAAGCAGCCAUCACUCACUGAGCAGCUCAAGUAUGGAGGAAGCAAUUUCCAGCCCCCACAGUGAUCCUGCAUACAGUUCAGCCACAUUGGCUGGUGGAAGAGCAGGGACACCAGUGACAAUCAGUGUGCUGACCCAUAGCACAGAGAGCUCUGCUUCCUACACUGAGACCACUAAAGCUUCAGAUCCAACUCAGAUGGUGUCAGUGGAGCAGAGUGGGAUGGCCAACACCUCGGCUGGCAGCGAAGGCCUUGCAACAGAGACACUCUUCACCCAUUCUUCCAAACUACUCACUGAUUUGUCUUUCCAAAAUGAUCUCACAAGCUUUCCAAGUAGCCAUCAGCCAGUCAGCAGCGAUGAUGCAGAGAAAAGGACCUCAGUUUCUCAUACAGACGGCACAUACAUUUCAACCGUGUACACCAGAGGAGGAGAAAGGACACUCCUGUCUAUCUCAAACAGCAGCACCUCUGCUGACUCCUCUGAAAGCUCCACAUUUUUUUCAGAAAUUUCCAACCCUUCUGAUUCAUCAAAAUCACCUGUGGCACAGGACAGGAGGAACAAUAUAUCCAGUGAUGGCAGUUUUGUUCAGCCAUCGACAGAGCCAUUGCUGGUGCACUCUUCCAAACCAUUGACUUCAGCUUCUGUAGGCAACGUACAAAAUACAACCGUCUUUGACACUGAUUCCAGGUUGUUGCCCACUGGCAGAUCAUCUCCAUCUUCAUCAGUAUCUCCACGCCCUUCCUCGGUGUCAUCACUGCAUCACUCACCAUCACCAUCACCACCAACUUACUUGUUUGCAACAUCAGAGUCAUCUGAGCCGCUCUCUUCCUCUGUGAUGGCAUCUUCAACUCCUCUGCAGGGUUUGUCAUCCUCUUUACCCACUUCCUCAUUGGUUUCCCCAUCUUAUUCUUCAGUAUCUUUAUUGCCUCAGUUUUCAUCACCGUCAUCUGUCUCACAAUCCAGUGACAGUGGCCCAGCAAGCAUCCCCACAGCUACAACUGCACCCAGGCGGGUGCCCUCCACAGCUGCAGUGUCUGGGAGCUCAUCCCGAGAGGCCACCAAGCACAGUGGCACACACCAACCCCAAAACAACACCUCCUUCAACAUGACCAGGUCUCUCCCUCUCCCCACGGAGCCCAUGGAGCAUCUUGGUGGCCGCGUUGUGUCCAUGUCUGCUCCCACACCGGUAACAGAAACCAUGUCACCAAGGAGUGCUACCUCCCAGCGGGGUAGCUCUGGGAAGGCAACACCACCACCUCUGCUCAUCACAGCCAGUGAUGCCCCACAGACUGAGCCCACAGACGCGCUCCUCAGUACCUCAACAAGCGCAACAAGCCACAGUGUCAUUGUCCCUGCGGUGGCGCUGACCACAGUGAAACCUGUUGUACUGACAACACCAGGCAGCCACCAGCCAACCCUGAGUGAUGCUAGCACCACAAAAACCCACAGAGGUCCAACACCCACUACCACUAAACACAUUUAUACUACUGGUGAAAGCACAAAAUCUGUGGGUCCCACCACUACAAUGGCUAGUAAGGUCACCAAGGAAAUCAUCCCUGCUACAAGCCCUCCUGUAGUGCAUCCAACAAGCAAGACUGCUGUCAGCACAACUGCAUUGACUUCUACCAAACCAACCACCAUCCUGCCAUCAAGUAGCACAGCUGGCAUGAGAUCAACGUCUCCAGCAACAGAUGUGGAUAAAUGUCUUUCCAACCCUUGUCCUGCACUGGCCACCUGCAACAACACCCGAGGAUCCUAUGUCUGUCAGUGCCCUCUUGGAUAUGAGAUGGAAAAAGGAAAGUGCAAUUUAGUAAGAAUAUUUAUAGGUCAGGUCCCCCUGAAGCUUAACAUCACCCAUGGGAAGUAUGCAGAUCUCCUGCAAGUGGAGCGUGAAAUCCUGGCAAUGCUGAACGCCUCUCUGUCGAGCUUGCCUGGGUACUACCACUCCACAGUCAAAGCCACCAGGGAGGCAAAUGUUGUGCAUGUUUCAGUGCAAUCCACGUUCUCUUUAGCAUCCAACGUGACAUUCUACGAUGUUGUCGGCACUGUGAAAAGCUACAUUCGGGCUUGCAAAUCUCCCCCCGACCCCUGCCAGUUCAUCUCUGGCCUAAAACCACUCCACAGAGUUGGCAGCUUGUGCAAGCAGAAGGAUCCUGAAUGUGACAAGGAGACCUCUGAGUGCACAGACUUCGAUGGGGUUGCGCUCUGCCAGUGCAAAAGUGGGUACUUCAAGUACAAUAAGAUGGACCAUUCCUGCAGAGCCUGCGAAGAUGGAUACAAGCUGGAAAAUGAGACCUGUGUGAGCUGCCCGUUUGGCUUAGGGGGAUUCAACUGUGGGAACCCAUAUCAACUAAUUACGGUGGUGAUUGCGGCUGCAGGAGGAGGAUUGCUGCUUAUCAUGGGCAUAGCGCUGAUAGUCACCUGCUGCCGGAAGAAUAAAAAUGACAUAAGUAAGCUUAUUUUCAAGAGUGGGGAUUUCCAGAUGUCACCAUAUGCCGAGUAUCCAAAGAACCCCCGAGCACAAGAGUGGGGCAGAGAGACCAUUGAGAUGCAGGAGAACGGAAGCACCAAGAACUUGUUGCAGAUGACAGAUGUUUAUUACUCGCCAACUGGACUGAGAAAUCCAGAACUGGAAAGAAAUGGACUUUAUCCUCCCUACACUGGUUUGCCUGGAUCUCGACAUUCAUGCAUCUACCCUGGACAAUACAAUCCAUCCUUCAUUAGUGACGAAGCCAGAAGAAGAGACUAUUUUUAGCAGGACAGAGAGGGACUGGAAGAUUGACAGAGUUUUGUGGCCCUUGAUCCCCAGGUGCAAUGUGUCUCCUGGCAGUUCAGCCCACACCAGUCUCAUUCUUCCCAUUUAACAGGAUGGUCUUUGAACUCCAUACCGAAUGUUGCUGCCCCCAGGAAUGGUUCCAUUCGCUGAGCAGCAGAGAGGAAGAGGAGGAGGAAGUGAAUGGCUCAAGGUGCACAUCAGUAAAAAGUGGAAGCUCGUGUGUACUCUGGUUUUGUUCUGUGCUGCUUCUUCACUCCUUACGCUACGUGGCAAGCAUGGAUCAGUACAGGCAGAUGAACUGUGUCCAGCACUCUGUGUUGAAUACCACUAGGGAGUGUUUUGUUUACAGAUCUUGUUCACUGUUGACUGUGCUUGUCUUCUUGGCCAACCUUCAUGCAAAGAUUCACUGUGUGACUGGUUUUGGUAGGACAAGUUUGUCCACCCCUUUUCUCCUUGCUGCUUUGCUUUCUGCUUCGUAUGUGACAGGAAAGCUGGCUUGUCCUCUGACCCUUACCUUCUUGCUAGUAGAAGUUCUCCAAAUGGUGAGGCCUUUGCAGCAGCCUGGUGCCUGGCAGUGUUGGCUGAUCUCAUGGGUGGAUUGUCCCUGAGGAGCAGGAGAAAUUAGUCAUGCCACUGAGAUUCAAACUGAAAGUAGGCACAGUUGGUUGUACGUGCUGCUUUGAGAACUUAUGUAGAUAGGGAAGAGCGUAGGUAUGUCGUCUUUCUGUCAGCCAGCCUGGUCCAGAAGUGAUGCUGCUACACAUCAUCACAGUGCUUCUGUAUAAGAGCUUAGCAGGAUGUUUAUCUUGCAGGAUGAGAAGACCUAUUAAAACAUCAAUGUGAUGUAAAAUAUAUAAGGAAGAAAAACAUCAGCUGGGAAUUCACCCUGCUUCUUAGAUGAAGUGUAGGAAGAAUAAAUAAUGCUGUGGUCCUGGCUAGGCAUGUGCAACAUGGCAUCUAGGCAUUGUGGGUGGGACAUAGCUUUCAGGACUUCACAGCCCACCUUGAUUUCAGGGGGAACUGUGGAAGCUUUAAGUCCACUGGAAAAUAAGGUCCUCAGCAGUCAGUUGCAUUUAGGGCAGAGAGAAACAUAAUCCUUUCAAUCCUAGCAUAGCAAAGAUCACUUACAUCAAAAUAUUUUGCUUUCUGCUGUUCUAGUUUCGGGUGAUUCAAACCGGGCAGGUUUCCUCAGCAAGGUGUGUGAAUUCAUAUUAAUCACUUUGGCAAAAGCUAAAGAAUGAGAGUUAUUACAUUCCUCACUAAAGAUCAGAUCAAAAGCCUAUUGACUUCAUUCUUUCUUGAGUAGGGUGUUGAAAGAGCUCUUAUUAACCAAGUAUAUUUCCCGCUUAUCUUAACUGCAAAGAUAACCUUCAUCAUCCAGACCUUGCCCAGAUACAGGGUCCUACUACAGUCCUUCACCCUCAGUGCAAUCAUGUUUUUAAUUCAGGAUGGCUGCUUGCAUGAGGAUAUCAGGUAGUACAGUUCCUUAGCUAUUAACCCACCAUCCCUGCACUGAAGGGCACGUACCAUCUGACAUUCCUUUCUCCCACACAGUGCUCAAAAAGGCACAGUGCCUACAGUUAAAUUCAGUAAGGUAUCUCUGAAGCAUUGAAGACUGAAGGAUGUGUCCCCAAAGUGCCUGACCACUGAUAAGAAAGGCAGUUCCAAGGCUGAUGUGUGGUGUGGCUGCUCCUUGAAGGCAAGCCUGGGGUAAACAUGGCAAUGUUCAUGUCCUGGAGGUGCUGGGAAGCUCCCAACCCUUCCAGCACUUUGAAUAGCUGUUAUGUUCUGUUGUGUCCCCUACUGAAAGGAGCAGCUAUGCAUAGCAAGGGUGUGGUUUGGCCAAAUCUAGGUUUUUAUGGAUGCCAGGGGCAGUAUGCUCCUCACUGACGUCAUCUUAUGGUCAUGGUGCAUGUGACUGAAUGCAUAAUCACAUUUGCAAGCUUAUCUCAUAUGUAGGGUGGAAAUGAAUGGAUGCUUAUGCUGCUGAAGGUGCUGUAUUUAAGGAGCAUUCUAGUUAUAGUGUCCAAAACAAUGUAAAAGGCAAAGCAUAAGAAUUAACUGUUCCCAGGGUUUUCAAACUGAGAAAGAUGUUCUCCUCAUCGUUAGUAGUCAAUAUCUUAAUUGCACAGGGUCCACUGGAUGGUAUGAAGCAAGGCCUUGGCCCUGCCAUGCUCUGGAGUCCUUUAAAGAGGGCAUUAUAGGGGUCAUUCUAUGAGGGUGAGCUGCCUCUUUCACCCAACACCAGCUCUGGUUGUGAGAGUGCCUAUAACAGAAGGGACUGCCUCUCUCAUGAGAUGGAUGAAAGCUUUGUCUCUGUUACAAAUGAAAGGGAAAGCUGUGAAUUGGUGCUGGAUCUAAAUCCAGAGCACAUAGAUGAGCACUGGGAUUUGUCCCUGUUUGCGGAAGUCAGCCUAACAAAAAAAUAAGCAUGUCUCAACAAUGAUGGUAGGAUUCAACUGUACAACACUCAGACAGGGAAGAGUGUGGGGAUUUGCUUAUACCUGCUUUGAUUAAUUGCUUGUUUAUUUUGAAGGCUGUGAAAUGUUCCUUUGUAUGCCAGGUGUGAAGGACAAAGUGCAAAAUACCAAAGGACAAAUGCAGAUCCAUUCUAUGUAAAGAGUAACAUAUGGGUUACGUGAGCAAAACUCCAAUCUGUGUCAUUUUACAGCAUUGCAGAUUGUGAGUGAUUUGAGUGGGAAAUAUGAUAGGACUGUUCCUAACUGAGAUUACAGAAUUCAUUUUUAAUGACCUUUUAAAUUCUUCUUAGUGAAAUGAAAGGGUCUCAAGAAAGUCAGCAGGAUUUUCUGAGUGAAGACUGCCAAAUCUGGCUUUUUUCCAAGAGAACAAAUUUUAUUGCACUGAAAUUCUAUCUCUGCCAGAGCAAGUAAAUGUUGGGGUAAUAAUUAUGAGAUUAUUCCGUUGCAGCUUCCUUUUAGUUCUGGUAACAAAUGAGUCAGUGUCCACAGGAGGAGGAACAUGGUCACUUCUGACCUCCCAGCACCUUCCACGGGUGUCCCAGGAGGAGAGGACUGAGGCAGGUGCCAGCCCUGAGGUCAGUGCAGGCACUUACCUGUGCAGGAUAAGUAGUAGCAGUACUUUUGGGUUUUGUUGAUCCUGCAGGAUACGAGUCUCCAUGUGGAAUAUCAGUUCCUGAAGCCCACUUUCAAAUGUGGGCACCCCUGUGUUUAGCACCUAACUCCCAGGAUUGCCUAGGCAAAUGCAACUCAGGCUGUUUAGAUUGCUUUUAGCUUGCCCAGAUUGCAGAUUUUGAGCAAACUGGGUGCCUUUGCCAAGGGAAAUUGCUCCGCUAUCCAGGAGGACAAGAUGGAAAUAGCAGGUUUCAUGCAAGGAGACUGCAAGUGGCUCAGACAGGUGUGAGGAAAGGAGGAAAAACCACACCGACACAACAAAGAAUCUGUUUGCGUUUCUGGCUGCUGUGUAAAGCCAGGUGAGCUGUCAGCAAGGGCCCACAGGUGGUGUGUGGGGGAGUCUUCUGAGGAACAGAGUGCUAAUUCAGCUGGUGACAGGAAAGGAUGUAGGAGGUAUGUGUUUGCUGCUGUGGUGCUCUACCACUUGUACUGACAAAAGCCCCUCACUCUCAGAAAUGCCCCCACCCCCCAGCAGUCAGCCUGGGAGAGUGGGUCAGAGUGAACAAAGCAGAACAGUGCAGAUUGGAGGGGUCAGUGUAAAAGGAUGCUGCAGCCUUCCUGCAUCCCUGUCCUGCACCCUGCUCGUCAUGGCCAGCCCUCCCGUGCUGCACUGGAAAACCAGGGUUCUUUUGCAUGCCAUUCAAAUCUCAAAGCACUAAAUUUGGCUAUAUGAGGAACAUGGGGGCAGGGACAUUUUGAUGCCUUUUGCCCUCUGUGUUUAUAGCACUGUGUAAAAGAACAGCAAUGAAUCUUGUUUCCAUUGCAGCAUAUCCCAGAAAGUUCCCCUGUUGCCCUGUUUACAGAGGCACUAAAAGUGAUUUGCCUUCACUGUGAGCAACCAGAAAAAGAAAAAAGAAAGCACAACCAACCCUUUCUGAAAACAGCAAUGAAAUGAAUUCAGUGAGAGGUGUUUGCAAUUGCAAAAUAGUGCCAAUGCUUAUAAAGGUUGUUUGCUGAGGAUUGACAGAGCAGCAGUAUGAGUUUGGACACUGCUGUAGCCUUGUAAGGAAAGUGCUUUCCCAGGACAUGUCUCUGAUGCUGGUCAGUGGCCAUAUCCGUUCCAAAUCCAUCUGGACUUCUCAUUCUCUCAUAGUGGUGUUUAGUUUUCUUUAAAUGAACAAGAACGGAAGCAUUUUACUUAAAUAUUCUUCCUAUGCUGACAAUUGUUUUUCUCCUCUUUACACAAAAGGACCCAACCCAGCAUCCACUUUGGUGACUGGGAUAACUCUCCCAUGGAUUGCAGUGGAGUAUUUUAGGCCUGUGUCAUGGUUUUGUAUUCCCUUGCCAGGUUCACUUGCGUGUACACCAUGCAUUCCUGCAGCUCUGUCUUCUGCUCAUUCCUGUAAUAUUGUUGCCUUCUUUUCACGUCGUAUUUAUUUUUCGUAUGUGUCCUUGUUACUGUAGCAGGGCCUGUAUUAUGUAAGAUUGAAAAACAGGUUGUUCAAGAUCUGAAAUGCUUUUCUGAGAUGAGAAUGAAUGUGAAUUUCAUAGAAGACGUUUUACUGUUCAGCCGACCUAUUUCCUGUAGUGUAAGAUCUCCAGGGAUCUAGAGGUGAUUCGUGCACUCACAGUUAAGAACUACCUGUCAGUUCACAUACUUGUGCUUUCAGAAAUGAAACAAGAUCUCCCAGUUUUGAAAGGUUUCUGUGCUGUAAGGUCAUGUGCGAGGUAACACCUCUCCUGCGUGGUUUGUGUUUUGUGUGAUAAUAUCCUUGUUGAUGGAAAACUGAGAGAGGGUGCCUGACAUUCUUCAAAAGUCAUGUGUAAGUGCUAAGUCCAUUGGUCUUCAUUCUGGUAAGAUGGUGGAAGGGAGGUCUCUUUCAAAAGGUGGAUUUUGAGCAUUUAUUUGUGCUUCCUCAGUCAACCUGCUUCAUGUUCUUCCCAUUGCUGUGCUUCCUUCUCCCUAGCUCUGAAUGUUCGCUUCCAAGUUGCUGGGGUUCUAAGGACAUUCUCCAAACCAGUAUUAUUUAAAGUUGUAUCAUAUUUUCUGCCUCUACUAAUUAUACAGUACUGUAGUAGCAAAGUAUAAUUUUUAAGGAUUGGAUUAUUUUUAUACCUGCAUCCAAUAUUAUUAAAUCUGGCGUUCUAGUCAGUAUUAUAAAAAGACACAAUAAAACUAUGAAUAUUA